UGAAGGAAUAAAAGUAAAUAAAAUGAAAGUUACUGUAUUGGUCGUUUUGAUCAUUGCUGUAUUGGCUUCAGCGACUCAGAUAAAGAUGAAACUUAAGCAAACCCAGCCUAAGUGUAAUGUCGUGGAUAAGAAGAAUUAUUAUCACGAGGCCUGUCUUUAUAAUGAGGAUAGAGCAUCUACUUAUGAGUGGGGUAUUGAUAAGGAGAGAGGAUACUGGGACGUAGCCUGUAUUGCACAGAAUAAAGGAACUGAAGAAUGCUGCUCUGCAUGUAAGCAGAGUAUUGAUCCAAGUAAGAAGGAUAAUGAGUGCAAAAACUCAGGAGAAUGUGGAAAUAUCAGCAUUGAUAGAAGAUAUGAUAUCUCAAAUCCCACCAGACACUUCGCUCACUAAAGAACCAGAACAACCCAGCACUCCCAACCAGAC